AUGUCAAAGCGAGGCUACCCGGAGGGCGGGUUCUACGACCGCCGGCGCGACGACCGGCGCGACCGUCGUGACGAUUACGAUUACGACCGCCGAGACCGCCGCGACUAUGGCGGCCACGGCCACGGCGGCGGCAGCGGCAGCAGCUAUAGCUACUACGGCAGCGGCAGUGGCUUCAGCGGCAGCAACGGCAACGGCUACCACAACGACCGCGAUAUUAGUCGCGGCUAUGGCGCUCCCAGCAGCUCUGCCGCUCCCAGCAGCUCUGCACGUCCCAGCAGCUCUGCCAAUCCCAGCGGCCACCGCGGCGGCGAGGGCGGCGGCGGGGAGGGCGGUGGUGAGGGCGGCGGUGAGGGCGGCGGCGGCGAGGGCGGCGGUGAGGUCGGUGGCGGGGAGGGUGGUGGUGAGGGCGGCGGAGAGGGCGGCGGCGGAGAGGGUGGUGGUGAGGGCGGCGGAGAGGGCGGCGGCGGAGAGGGUGGUGGUGAGGGCGGCGGCGAGGGCGGCGGCGGAGAGGGCGGCGGCGAGGGCGGCGGCGAGGGCGGUGGCGGGGAGGGCGGCGGUGAGGGCGGUGGCGGAGAGGGUGGUGGUGAGGGCGGCGGAGAGGGCGGCGGCGGAGAGGGUGGUGGUGAGGGCGGCGGCGAGGGCGGCGGCCGGGAGGGCGGCGGCGAGGGCGGCAGCGAGGGCGGCGGCGGAGAGGGCGGCGGCGAGGGCGGCGGUGAGGGCGGCGGCGGAGAGGGCGGCGGCGAGGGCGGUGGCGGGGACGGUGGUGGUGAGGGCGGCGGAGAGGGCGGCGGCGGAGAGGGUGGUGGUGAGGGCGGCGGUGAGGGCGGCGGCGGGGAGGGUGGUGGUGAGGGCGGCGGCGAGGGCGGCGGCGGGGAGGGCGGCGGCGAGGGCGGCGGCGAGGGCGGCGGCGGCGAGGGCGGCGGCGAUGGCGGUGGCGGGGAGGGUGGUGGUGUGGGCGGCGGCGAGGUCGGCGGCGGAGAGGGCGGCGGCGAGGGCGGCGGCGAGGGCGGCGGCGGGGAGGGCGGCGGCGAGGGCGGCGGUGAGGGCGGCGGCGGAGAGGGCGGCGGUGAGGGCGGUGGCGUGGAAGGUGGUGGUGAGGGCGGCGGAGAGGGCGGCGGCGGAGAGGGUGGUGGUGAGGGCGGCGGUGAGGGCGGCGGCGGAGAGGGCGGCGGGGAGGGCGGCGGCGAGGGCGGUGGCGGGGAGGGCGGCGGCGAGGGCGGCGGUGAGGGCGGCGGCGGUGAGGGCGGCGGCGAGGGCGGUGGCGGAGAAGGUGGUGGUGAGGGCGGCGGAGAGGGCGGCGGCGGAGAGGGUGGUGGUGAGGGCGGCGGUGAGGGCGGCGGCGGGGAGGGUGGUGGUGAGGGCGGCGGCGAGGGCGGCGGCGGGGAGGGCGGCGGCGAGGGCGGCGGCGAGGGCGGUGGCGGGGAGGGCGGCGGGGAGGGCGGUGGCGGGGAGGGUGGUGGUGUGGGCGGCGGCGAGGGCGGCGGCGGAGAGGGCGGCGGCGAGGGCGGCGGUGAGGGCGGCGGCGGAGAGGGCGGCGGCGAGGGCGGUGGCGGGGAAGGUGGUGGUGAGGGCGGCGGAGAGGGCGGCGGCGGAGACGGUGGUGGUGAGGGCGGCGUGAUUACGCCGGCGACGGGCAGCUGUGAGGGCGGCGACGGGGAGGGCGGCGGCGAGGGCGGCGGCGAGGGCGGUGGCGGGGAGGGCGGCGGCGUAGAGGGCGGCGGGGAGGGCGGCGGCGAGGGCGGCGGCGGGGAGGGCGGCGGCGAGGGCGGCGGUGAGGGCGGCGGCGGGGAGGGCGGCGGCGAGGGCGGUGGCGGGGAGGGUGGUGGUGUGGGCGGCGGCGAGGGCGGCGGCGGAGAGGGCGGCGGCGAGGGCGGCGGUGAGGGCGGCGGCGGAGAGGGCGGCGGCGAGGGCGGCGGCGAGGGCGGUGGCGGGGAGGGCGGCGGCGAGGGCGGCGGUGAGGGCGGCGGCGGAGAGGGCGGCGGCGAGGGCGGUGGCGGAGAAGGUGGUGGUGAGGGCGGCGGAGAGGGCGGCGGCGGAGAGGGUGGUGGUGAGGGCGGCGGUGAGGGCGGCGGCGGAGAGGGCGGCGGCGAGGGCGGCGGCGAGGGCGGUGGCGGUGAGGGCGGCGGCGAGGACGGUGGCGAGGAGGGUGGUGGUGCGGCGGCGCAGAAGACGGAGUCCGUCUCGUGGCCGCCGAUGCUGUACAUCUCGGGCAUCAAGGGAGUGCUGGAGGACUCGGCCGGAAAGCUGAAGGUUCGCUUCGGCAAGUGGGGACCUGACGUGCAGUGCCCAGUCUACCGAGGCCCGUUCACCGGGGACGCGGAGAUGAAGAUCGCGGACGCGACCAAGAUGCGGGACCAGGAGAUGCAGCGGGUGAUGGAGUCGGCCAACGAGGAGAGGGAGUCGGCGGUGGCCAAGGCGAAGGAGGAGGAGGCCAAGCGGCUCGCACUUGAGGCGGCGCAGGCCGCGCGCGACGCGAGCCUGCGCGAGCACCGGAUCAAGGUGGAGGAGCUGACGAGGCGGCUCGGCAAGGAGGAGGAGCAGACUCUCGUCGCGCAGGAGAAGCAGCGCGCGGCGGAGGAGAAGGAGCGCGAGGCGCGGAAGGAGCGCGAUCUCAUGCAGCGGGGCGCCGACGAGCUCACCGAGCUGAUGAGCAGUGCGCUGGCGCAGAAGGAGCGCGAGCUGCAGGCGCACAAGAAGACGUGUCAGCUGGCCGACGGCAGCGCGGGCGCAGAGGCGGCGAAGAAGGAGUACGAGCGGCUGAAGGCGGAGCUGCAGAGCACCAGAGAAGAGAAGAUGAAGAGAGAGCGUGAGAUGAAGGAGGAGAUCGCGGCCAAGGAGGAGGAGAGGAAGGCGGCGGAGGAGGCGGCGGAGGGCUCCGAGUACCAGCAGUAUCGCAACGACCACCUCUACCUCAAGGACAUGCUCGUGACCAUGUACGAAAAGAUCUCGAGGCACCCGAAGCACGAGUACGCGUUCAGUAAUGGGCUCCACCCCUUCAAGACUUUUGGCGACGUGAAGGGUGUGGGAGAGCUGCUCUUCCCGAAAGGGUGCAACCAGAUGCAGAAGCUCGAGGCUGAGUGCCUGGACGGCUACCUUCAGCAUGGCUUCUGGGGCGAAACGACGAUGGACGCAUUUCCAAGCUGGCCUCCCUUCUCCGCGGCCAAGGGCUUGCGGCGGGAAGUGUGCGGCUUUUGGUCGAGUGGUCUGGGGUUCGAGCCCGGCCGGGCGAGUAGCGCGGAGCGCUCGCGGCGCAACGCGCGCGUGCAUGUGAGCGUGCAGGGAGCGAGUAUGGAGUGA